AUGUCUAAACCUUCAGACCAUAUCAAGCGGCCCAUGAACGCCUUCAUGGUAUGGUCCCGAGGCCAACGGCGCAAAAUGGCCCAGGAAAACCCCAAGAUGCACAACUCGGAGAUCAGCAAACGCCUAGGCGCCGAAUGGAAGCUGCUGUCCGAGGCAGAGAAGCGGCCGUACAUCGACGAGGCCAAGAGGCUACGCGCCCAGCACAUGAAGGAGCACCCCGACUACAAGUACCGGCCGCGGCGCAAGCCCAAGAACCUGCUCAAGAAGGACAGGUAUGUCUUCCCCCUGCCCUACCUGGGCGACACGGACCCGCUCAAGGCGGCCGGCCUGCCCGUGGGGGCCUCCGACGGCCUCCUGAGCGCGCCCGAGAAAGCCCGGGCCUUCUUGCCGCCCGCCUCGGCGCCCUACUCCCUGCUGGACCCUGCGCAGUUUAGCUCGAGCGCCAUCCAGAAGAUGGGCGAAGUGCCCCACACCUUGGCCACCGGCGCGCUGCCCUACGCGUCCACCCUGGGCUAUCAGAACGGCGCCUUCGGCAGCCUCAGCUGCCCCAGCCAGCACACGCACACGCACCCGUCCCCCACCAACCCGGGCUACGUGGUGCCCUGUAACUGUACCGCCUGGUCUGCCUCCACCCUGCAGCCCCCUGUCGCCUACAUCCUCUUCCCCGGCAUGACUAAGACUGGCAUAGACCCUUAUUCGUCAGCCCACGCCACAGCCAUGUAA